UGUUGGUUGUUUACAAAACGGACCAGGAACUAAUGACUAAAGUCUCCUCCAUUCUCUAAAUUUAUUGUCAAUCUACACAAUAUACGGUAUUGCGGUGGAAACCAACCUCAUCGGGUGUCUACGGUGUACAUUUCCUCUUAGUAAGGACUCCUUUUCCACGUCCUCAGACUUAUUUUUCGAGCCAAAAGUACGUAGUGGUCGAUGUUUCGGAUGACAACCCACUUUUUGCAGUUGUCAAAUCAGAUCGCAUGUGCCAAGAGAGAAGGCGUGUUGAGCGUUCACUGAUGCCAUCUCCUCUCUGAUAGUUCUUCAGACCGGGCAAUGCGUGUUACUGACGGUUUUUAAACAGUAGGUCUUGUGUCUGUCAGAUCACCAGUCAACGUCCACUCGUAAGCCAGCAUUGUUUGAGUAAGCGCUGCUCAGUGUAAGGUGGUGGAGGGCUUCGGUGGAUGCCAGUCAUGGACGAGCAGUUGACACCUUUGGACUGCCUGCUGCCCUCAGGUACUCAGAAGAUCUGCCUAAUAAUGCUCAACCAGCCUCCGGAGAAGCACCAUCUCCACGUCUUGUGGAGCAAAGCCCUCAUCAGAGCGUGUGCGGACGGCUGCAACCACCUUUACAGCGUCACUGCAGGGGACCGCGAAAGAUCAGAAUGGUUUAUCUUAACCUUUUUAUUUCUAAAUGGUUUGGAAUAUAUUCCCCAUCCACAUGCUCCCACACACACGCACACGCACAUGCACACACACACACACACACUCACACAAUGGAUGAUGGAGGGACAGAGAUGGGGUGAAGGCGCAGUCACAGUGUUUUAUUUGUGUGUGUGUGUGUGUGUGUGUGUGUGUGUGUGUGUGUGUGUGUGUGUGUGUGUGUGUGUUCAGGGGUCCCACAGGAUAGAGGUGAACACGGGCCUGGAGGGGGAGUGGUGCAGCCUGAUCCCAGUCGGCGGGCCGUGUCGAACACACACCACCGGGCUCAAGUGGAACCUGAACGACCAGGUCCUGCAGUUUGGGACGCUGGUGAGCACCUCCAAUACCUACGAGCCAGUCCCCCCAGGACACCCCAGGAGGCCAGUGACCGUGACAACGGACCAGCCACUGCUGUGGAGCAUGGGCAUCGGCCAGGACAGGGAAUGACAUGCCAGCGUUCCUGGUCCAUACCCAGCCAAUCAGGACCAACGUUGUUUGCUGAAAUUUCUAAUCAGGGUCGUUGCCAAAUCCUAAUCUCUGAAGAUGCAAUGACAGCAAAGUUAGUGAUUUUUUUAACAAUUUAUGGUGGUUUGAAAUGCAAUGUUAAAGCAAUGUUGAUAAUUCACAGCACUGUUGAGUGAUUUUAGAGCAAUUGUGGUGGUUGAAAAUUCACUGUUACUCAUUGUUCAUUAUAAUUCACAACUAUGUAUUCAAAAGAAGAGGACCCAUGUUGCCUAUCCAAGUGCAUAACUGUGAGCUCUCUUUUGUAUCAUACUAUAAUGUGCCUUUUCCACGGUACCAGCCCUGCACCCACAGGAGCCUUCGAGUAUUUCAUGCAAGUAGAAUUUGAGAGAGACUGUAGUGCCUUUGAAGAACAUAAGAAAGAAACUUGUAACGACUGAACAAAGAAGAAUGAGAGGAAAACACAGCCUUUGGGUUUCUAUGAUUUUAUUAAACAGAGCCAAGUACAAAUAUUGCACACUGAAUGUAGAAAUGACAUCCUGUGAAGUCCCCCAAAAUCCUCCCCCCCCCCCCCCCCUCCCCCCCCCCCUAACACGUGGUCUUCUUUCUCAGUUCCAUCCGGUCUAGUUCUGUUUGGACAUACUCCGUUUAGCCGCCCCUAGAUGAAUAAAGAAACAGUGUUUGUUAAUAUUUGACAGGAGACCUCACACCGAAAAUGAGUGCACAUGUUUAAUACUAAAUAAUAAGCAUUGGUGAACAACACAAAAUUAACUGGUGUAGAUUAUAAUCAUCGGUAAAGGCCUAGAACACUAUCAAUGUUGCUAAAACAUACUAUUAAUCAGGUAAUGAACUGAUUAUAUAUGGAUUAUCAACGAAUUACCUAUACCCAAUAAAAGUUUUUCAUGUGACCCAA